CCAAUUUGUCCUCUAGGUGGAGCUCCAAACUACUACCCCAACAGCUUCAGUGCCCCAGACACCCAGCCUCAGUUUGUUGAGUCCAGGUUCCAGGUGUCUACUGAUGUGGCUCGUUACAACAGCGCAGAUGGAGAUAAUGUUACCCAGGUGCAUGCGUUCUACACUCAGGUGUUGAAUGAAGAGGAGUGGCAGAGGCUUUGUCAGAACAUGGCAGGAGCUCUGAAGGGAGCCCAGCUCUUCAUCCACAAAUGGAUGGUUGAGCAACUGAAGACUGUUCAUCCCGACUAUGGCAACAAGGUUCAGACCUACCUGAAUAAGUACAACGCAGAGCCCAAAAAGCUUCUCACCCAGUACCAGAGGCUGGAUGUUAAAAGCACUGGAGAAAUCACUGAAUGUGAUCCUCACAGUGCCUCCUCCACCAUCCAGGUGCAUAUGGGCUCGUUGCAGCAGGUAGAUGACAGCAUUGUCAACUCCCAAAUGUGGCUGAUACGCAGACUGCAGAGGGUCUAA